AUUUUUGUCAUGAUGAAAGCAAAUAAAGGACAAAAAGACAAGAAUUGGAGAAAAGAAUAAAAAAAGAAAUAAGGGACAACAUGCUGAUAUUGAGACUCAUGUUAAAUUGAAUAAUAAUGAGAUUAAUAAGUCUAGAGAUGAUGUUUACAUCAGUUCCCAACUCAAACAGCCUAUGCUACCUUCUAGAGGAGAACCACCGUUAGUAGAUAUUCCAGAAAAUAUAGAGUCCAAUGCUGAAAUGUAUCAAAAGUUCAAAGCUUGGUUGGAAAAUUUUUCAAAGCAGGGGCAAAUUUCAAUUAAAGGUCAAAAGAAGCAAAAACCAUCGACAACUAGAAUUUCGAUCCAAGAGGCAGAAUCUGCUCAAAUAGAACAUAAAAAGCAGGAUCACAUGAAACAAUCACAUGUUCAACAAGCCAAACUAGUGGAAGGCUCUAUGAUGAAUGGAUUAAACAACAAAGUUUCUGCUCAAAUCAAAAAGGACCUUGUUAAUCACGGACCACCCAAGAAGCAAAAGAAUACUCUGAAGCGUAAAUGUGGACGGCUCUAUGAUGAAUGGAUUAAGGAACAAAGUUUCUGCUGAACACAAAACGGACCUUGUUAAUCACAGACCAUCCAAGAAGCAAAAGAUUACUCCAAAGUUGGACGACUCUAUGAUGAAUGGAUUAAGCAACAAAGUUUAUGCUCAAAUCAAAAAGGAACUUGUUGAUCACGGACCAUCCAAGAAGCAAAAGAAUACUUUGAAGCUGGACGGCUCUAUGAUGAAUGGAUUAAGGAACAAAGUUUCUGCUGAACACAAAAUGGACCUUGUUAAUCACAGACCAUCCAAGAAGCAAAAGAUUACUCCAAAGUUGGACCAAUCUAUGUUCGAUGGAUUAAGCAACAACUUUUCUGCUCAAGUCCAAAAGGACCUUGGUGAUGAUGGACCAUCGAAAAAGCAAAAGAGUACUCCAAAGAUUCCUUCAAUGUCACUUGAUGAGUACUUUAAAAGGAGUAGGGAGCAACUUGAAGCAGAGGAGUCUGAAAAUGAAGAACUUGACAGGGAACAAGAAGUUGAGGGUGAGAUAAACUAUGAAAAUGGUGAUGGUGAUAAUUCAAUGGAAGGUAACAGCAUCAAAAAAAAAAAAAAAGGAAGCACAUUGUGCUUAAAAAUUCAUGCUCGGUCACUAGUUGAUAGACAAGAAAUCACCUUAAAUGAAGAAGGAGAGGCCAUUGGACCAAGUCAAAAGAUAGUUUCUGAAUUCAGCAAUUUUUUGGGAUCAGUAGCAAGGAUGUCAGAUUUAUGUCCUCUUACUUACACAAAUUGGAAGGCUAUACCAAAGAAGAAGACUAUAUGGGCCUAUGUCAAUAAAAGAUACAUUGUUCCAGAAAAAGGACAGAAGGAUGUAUUUGCUAUUAUAAAUGAUGCUUGGAGGAGGUAUAAAUGGUUGAUUAAGAAAAAUCAUUUUACUAAGUAUAGAAACUUGCGUGAGCGGCUGAAAAACCGUCCAGACAGCAUACCUGAAGCACACUUUAAGAAAUUAAUGACUUAUUGGAGUUAUGAAGCUAUUCGAGAAAUCAGUCAUCAAAAUGCUAAGAAUAUAGAUAAACAAAAAUGGAGACAUCGAACGGGUCCCAUAAGCUUUGCUGUCAUAAGGGAAAGAUUGCGUGCAACCAAGGAUGAUAGAGAGCCUCCAACUCAAGCUGAAGUUUUUAUUGAAACACGACAAAGCAAGAGAGGAAAGCAGCUGGACCAAGUUACAAGUGAUGCAAUCACAACUCUUCAAGAUUUGAUCACAAAUUCUGGUCAUUCUUCGGUUGAAGCUUUUCAAACUGUCUUUGGAAAAGAAAAACCAGGGAGAUUGCGCUGCUAUGGAAGAGUUACAACAUCUUCUCUGUUGAAAAGAAAUAAAGUGGAAGCUAUGGAAAAAAAGCAUGCUGCUGAGGUGAAAAGUUUAACUGACAAGGUCCAAGAGAUGGAGACUAUACAUAGAAAGGAUAUGGCUGCAAUGGAAGAAAAAUUGCAAGUUCUUCUAAGAGUCAUGCUGAACCAAAGCAACACAGGCAUAGAUAUGGGGGAUUUAGGAGUUUUUUUAUCAACCCGAAAUGAUGACAAUAAUGUUCGACAUUCAUCUACAUCUAAUCAUGAGUCAGUCAUGAAGCUCACAGUGAAGACUCUGAAAGGAAGCCAUUUCAAAAUCAGAGUUCAUCCUUCUGAUUCUAUAAUGGCUGUAAAAACGAAUAUUGAAGACAUUCAAGGAAAAGAUAAUUACCCAUGCAGACAACAAUUGCUAAUUCACAAUGGAAAAGUUUUGAAAGAUGAAACUAGUUUAGCUGAUAAUGAAGUCUCUGAAGAUGACUUUCUUGUUGUCAUGCUCAAUAAGGUAAAUAAUAGAUCUAUGGGUAGUGAAUGUGUUGUUGAUAACUACGAAGAAGAGGAAAUCAGACGAAGAGGAUGAAGAAAAAUUCUUUGAUGACUUGGACGGAGAUGAGGAUGAAGAAUAAUUUGACCCAUUAAUUCUUGUUUAUUUUCAUUAUUUGAUGUAAUAAAUUUCACAUUGAAGGCUAAAUUGUCGAUAUUCAUAACAAAAUUGAUUAACUUUGGUUAGACAUUUAUUUUAAUGUAAUAAAUCUCACAUUGAAGGCUAAAUUGUUGA